AUGUUCAUUGAUGAUGUAUUCUACGUACCAGAUGCAGAGUUUGGACUGUUUUCCCCAGGUUUGGCGCAUGAGCAAGGGUUCGAGAUGGACUAUGACCAAGCCACUCGAAGUUUCACAGUAUCUUGGGAGGGGCGACGAGUUGUUGUAGCCAACCUGCAGGAAGCAACGUGGGGUUUUCAAGCAAUUCAUCCUUCUAAUGGAGGCGUUGUGGGACCAGAGGACCGGUCCUUAGCCAGUUACACGAUGGCAGAAGGAGUUGGAACUCUGUAA